AUGAGUUCUCCCAUAUUGCAUAUCCAAAAUUCUUAUGAUCAGUAUCUGAUCACAGAAGAUGGUCGAGGAACGCAUUUACAACAAUGUCUCACGGAAACACAAGAAUUUAAGACACAGUUAAGAAAGUUAAAGGCCCAUUUGAAUAAACAUAUACAGGAGGCAAAGAAUCAAGGAUCUGAUAAUGCUCAGAUGGAUAAGAGUACGCAAGAUAAACUGACAAAGAGGCGGAUUUUGAUUCAGGAUAAACUUAAUAAAUCUUAUAAGCAAUGGGAUCAUUCGAUUAAAAAACAUACAAAAAAAUCAAAACAAGGUUUAAUUCAAUUUAAUUCAUCAGGUUUAUCAAGUUUUCAGAAAUUUAAUAUCGAUGAUAUUUAUAAUAAUAAAAUAUCGAAUAAGCAUAGAAUAGAAUUAGAAGGUGCUAUCCAGACACAUAUAUCUAGAUAUUGCUUAAGUGAUAUACUUGUUCAGGACACAGAAGGAUUAUUGAAAUACUUACAAAAUGUUUAUAAUAUAUCACCUGAGAUAUGUUCCAAUUUUAUUAGGAUGGGCCAAAUCUUAUAUGACUUAACACAUUGUAAUUAUGAAAGUUGUUGGGAAUGGGCAUACAAUGAACAAAUUAAUAAUCAUUCACAUAUCAUGCAGACCCUUAGAUAUAAAUUAUACAUAAUGAAAGGUAUGUUAAUGACAAAGAAUCAUUCAGUACCCGAAGUGUGCCAAUAUUUUACAGAUAAAAUACCAAACGUAGCAUUUAGUAAUAAGAAUUUACGGUAUGGGGAAGAUGCAGCUUUUAUUAUCACUCAACUUAUGGUUCAUGGUACUAUUAGUAAUUUUAAACAAAAUUAUGAACAAUUCGUAGAUGCCUGUAAAGAAACUUUCACUCAAGAAUAUUGUUCUCUACAUAAUUUACCAAAUGAAUCACCAUUAUCGUUAGUUAUUAUGAGUGGUAUUUUAUCAUCACAAUUCUUUAUGAAAUAUGCGCAAAUUAAAUCAAGCGCACAUAUCGGUUGGACUACAUCUAACGAACUUCCAUUUGAUGUAGAUUUACCUUAUUCAUUAACUCAUUUCCACCCUGUCUUUAUUUGUCCAGUACUAAAAGAAGAAACAACAGAUGAAAACCCUCCAUACUCACUCGCCUGCCAUCAUGUUAUUUCUAAAAAAGCACUUGAUAAAUUAUCAAAGAAUGGUACCGUGUCAUUCAAAUGUCCUUAUUGCCCAGUACAGAGUACAAUAUCUAAGACAGAAUUGGUAAGGUUUGUCAUGUUAUAG